UUUAGUUAGCCCAUCUUAAUUUAUAAUAUAUUUGCUUUCCAUUUCUUAUUUUUUAUUUUCAUUUUUAGUAAUAAUAAUAAUAAACAGCUUCUCUGAUUUUCGAUUUGGUUAACAUUGGAAACUUGCGUUAGAAAGAGAUGGUUUUUUCUUUCCAAUUUCUAACUUUCUCUCUCUCUCUUUAUCUUGUUCAUCUUCUUCUUUUUCCUUUGAAGUUUCAAUUCUGAACUGGUUGGCCUAGCUAGGUUUAGCUCUGCAAUAAAAGAAAGAGAAACAGAGUUCUUCGUUUAUGAAUGCUUGAAAAAGAAAACAGUGGGCUCUAGUGAGAGAAAGAAACAAAGAAAAGACUCCAUUUUUGUGGUGGGUUUCUUUCGGAAUAGAGAGAUUUAGCAAUAAAAGGUCUUCUCUUUUCAAAUCCUAUUUGAUUCGUAGGAUUUAGUAAAACUACUUUCACCAUUUAACAAUUAUUUUGUACCCACCAUAUCUAUACAUCUCUUCUUCCUCCUCCUUUAUAAAUACUUCAUUCACACCCCCACCUUCCAUCUCUCUCUCUGUGUUUAUCUCUUUCUCUCUCUCUCUCUUUCUCUAAUGUGGGAUCUCAAUGACUGCCCCGAUCAAUCAAACGGCCAAGAUUACUCAAAGGGUAAACAAAUCGGAUCUAUGUCAAACUCCAGCAUGUCCGAUGAUGUCGAACAGCAGGCCGCCACCAGGAUAUUCGGUUUUCCGAUGAACCGACCGGACCCACCGAUGACAAGACAGUUUUUCCCACCGGAGGAGAACAUUGAUUUUCCUCGGGCGGCGCACUGGGUCGGAGUCAAAUUCUACCAAACAGAACUUCCGGUCGGCGGCAAGGGGGUUGAGUCUAUGGCCCAGCCUUUAAAGAAGAGUCGCCGGGGACCUAGGUCCCGGAGCUCACAAUACAGGGGUGUUACCUUUUACCGGCGAACCGGUCGGUGGGAAUCUCAUAUAUGGGAUUGUGGGAAACAAGUGUAUCUAGGUGGAUUUGACACUGCACAUGCUGCUGCUAGAGCUUAUGAUAGAGCAGCCAUUAAGUUUCGAGGUGUGGAAGCAGACAUAAACUUCACCUUGGAAGAAUAUCAAGAUGACAUGAAACAGAUGGGUAACUUGACUAAGGAAGAAUUUGUGCAUGUUCUGAGAAGACAGAGCACUGGUUUUCCAAGAGGAAGCUCCAAAUUUAGAGGGGUUACCCUUCACAAAUGUGGCAGAUGGGAGGCCAGAAUGGGUCAAUUCUUAGGCAAAAAAUAUGUCUACUUGGGCCUUUUUGAUACUGAAAUUGAAGCUGCAAGAGCAUAUGAUAAAGCUGCAAUUAAAUGUAAUGGAAAAGAUGCUGUCACCAAUUUUGAUCCAACCAUCUAUGAAGAAGAAGAUCAUAUUCAUGAUGAAACCAAAUCUAAUUUUGUGGGUGAUCAUACAGAUUCUAGUGGAAGAUAUAAUAUUAGUUCAUCCCACAAUUUAGAUUUAAGCUUAGGGGUAUCUGCUUUGGAGAAGAAAAAUAGUAGUAAUCGCGAUUUUCAGUCUUCAUUCGAUAUUCUUGAUUCUCGUAACCAAAGCUUGACAACUCCUAAGAAACAAAUUUUUAGCCACACCUACAUUCAAUCACCAAGUAUGUUGCCAACAAGAUCAGCUGGUGAAAUGAUCCAUAGAUAUGGCCCCUCAAGUUAUCAAUUUCUUGGAGGCGGCGGUGGCGAGAAUCAUCUACACCAUCAAGCUUAUCAACAAGAACAAGAACAAUUUUGGCAACUAAGUAAUGAUUCUUCACGAUCUGAAUUGCUUGCAACUGCUGCAGCAGCAUCAUCAGGAUUCCCACAUCAAAUCAAUCCAAGCUCCACCGGUACUACCAGUACCACAAGUUGGCUUAACAAUGGUUUUCAUUCUUUCAUGAGAUGAUCAAUAUUGAUAUCGAUGAUGAUGAUGAUGAGACCAUUAGGUGCAGUUUCGCGUAAAGUAGAUAACAUUAGCCGGCAUUAGUUGUAGUAAUUUCUGUAAAACUCUCAGGCAAUGCACCCUUUGUUGAAGCGCACCAGGUCCUUGGUUGGUUUGUAUGUAUGUAUGUCGAACUAAUCAAACCAGUUCAGUGAGAUCUUCACUUUUAAGUGGUUAUGACUUGAUCAUGAUUUGGGUGCUCAACAUUAAUCAAUUCCUUGUAUUUUCUAUUGUUGGUUAAAUAUUUGGAAUCAUAGGUUAUUUUUUUGUUUUGUU